GCUGGAGAUGAAAAUUGUAUGUGGCACAUAGAGUUGAAAGGGAAACAACUUAUGUGAAUGAAAGAAAUGAAGGGAAGUCAAGAAAUCUCAAAAACACCAUCCUCUUCCAAGAGAACAUUGUCAAGUCAGGGUUCAGUGGAUAUAUACGCGGCGCAAUGCAAAAACUGCUUAAAAUGGAGAGUGAUUGAUACACAGGAAGAGUUUGAAGAGGUUAGAAGUAAAGCCACUGAGGAACCUUUCGUUUGCAGCAGAAAGGCUAAUUGUUCCUGUGAGGAACCUGCUGAUAUUGAAUAUGAUUCCACUCGAACGUGGGUCAUUGACAAGCCUAACCUCCCAAAAACUCCACAAGGUUUUAGGAGGAGCUUGGUACUUAGAAAAGAUUACUCCAAAUUGGACGCUUACUACGUCACACCUUCUGGCAAAAAACUGAGAACCCGCAAUGAGAUAGGAGCGUUUCUAAAAGAUAAUCCAGAAUUCAAAGGUGUUAGUGUUACAGAUUUUGAUUUUUCUUCCCCAAAGAUAAUGCAGGACACCAUACCAGAGAUAAUUGAGCAGAAGGAUUCUGCUAACAAGAAAGCUAAGAUAGCCAAAGGUGAUGUUUGAGGAAUACCAUCUCAAGUUUGCAUGAUGCAAAGAUGUUGAUUCUGGUUUGUUUGUUGGAUAUUACUUUAGAGAUUGUUGUAAAAUCAAACCUGACAGCGUAUUAAACGAAUUUUGUUCAUGCCCUUGUAU